UCUCCGAACCCUUCUUCCGUCCGCUUUCCGCCUUUGUCUCCACUCUUUGUUAUAAAUACCCUCCUCUUCCUCUUCUCAUCUCUCUCCUCAUCCCUCUCCUCUAUCAACAGAUAUCAACAGACAUGGCCAUCGACCCCCCUCUCCCCCAGGGCGCAGGCUACGGCGUCGUCGUCGGCCUCGGCGCCCUCUUCGCCUUUGGCAUGAUCCUCACCACCUACCUCCUCAAGCGCUACCAGCACGAAAACAUCACCUCCGAAGAAUUCUCCACCGCCGGCCGCUCCGUCAAAACCGGCCUGAUCGCCUCCGCCGUCGUAUCCUCCUGGACCUGGGCGGCCACCCUCCUGCAGUCCUCCGCCGUCGCCUACAAGUACGGUGUCUCGGGCCCGUUCUGGUACGCCUCUGGUGCGACUGUCCAGAUCAUUCUCUUUGCGACCAUCGCCAUUGAGCUCAAGAAGCGCGCCCCUGAGGCCCAUACCUUCCUCGAAGUCGUCCGCGCCCGCUACGGUCCCAUUGGCCAUGCUGUCUUCAUGUGCUUCGGUCUCUUCACAAACAUCCUCGUGACCGCAAUGCUUCUCACCGGUGGCUCAUCCACCGUCAACGCCCUCACCGGCAUGCACCCCGUCGCCUGUUGCUUCCUCCUUCCCCUCGGCGUCAUCGUCUACACCCUCUUCGGCGGCAUCCGCGCGACCUUCCUCACCGACUACAUCCACACCGUCGUCAUCCUCGUCAUCAUCCUCGUCUUCACCUUCUCGACCUACGCCACCAACUCCGACCUCGGCUCCCCCGCCGCCGUCUUCUCCAAGCUCCUCGAGGCCGCAAACACGCACCCCGUCGACGGCAACGCCGAGGGCUCGUACCUCACCAUGCGCUCCAAAGAAGGCGCCAUCUUCUUCGUCAUCAACAUCGUCGGCAACUUCGGCACCGUCUUCCUCGACAACGGAUACUGGAACAAGGCCAUCGCCGCCUCCCCCGCCUCCGCGCUCCCGGGUUACAUCCUCGGCGGUGUCGCCUGGUUCGCCAUCCCCUGGCUCUGCGCAACCACCAUGGGUCUCGCCGCGCUCUCGCUCGAGAGCUCCCCCGCGUUCCCCACCUACCCGAACCGCAUGGACCCCGCUGAUGUUUCUGCUGGCCUCGUGCUUCCCUACGCCUCGAUCGCGCUGCUCGGCAAGGGCGGCGCCGUCGCGACGCUCAUCCUCAUCUUCAUGGCCGUCACCUCGGCCUCGUCCGCCGAGCUGAUCGCGGUCUCCUCGAUCGGCACCUACGACGUCUACAAGACCUACAUCAACCCGCAGGCCUCCGGCCGCCGCCUAAUCUUCAUCUCCCACUCGUGCGUCAUCCUCUACGGCCUCGCGAUGGCCGGCUUCUCCGUCGGCCUGCACUACGCCGGCGUCUCGAUGGGCUACCUCUACCUGCUCAUGGGCGUCAUCAUCUCCUCCGCCGUCAUCCCCGCCACGCUCACUCUGAUGUGGGACAAGCAGAACCUGCUCGCGGCCGCGGUCUCGCCCGUGCUCGGCCUCGCCUGCAGUCUGAUCGCCUGGCUCGUGACUGCCUCGAAAAAAUACGACGGCGUGCUCAACGUCGACACCACGGGCGCGAACGACCCGAUGCUUGCUGGUAACGUCGUCGCGCUGCUCUCGCCUAUGCUCUUCGUCCCCGUCCUGACCUUGCUCGGCGGCUCACAAAACUACGACUGGGAGUCCAUGAAGCAGAUCAAAGAAGUCACCGACGACGAACCCCCCGCCACCAGCUACUCCGACGACGACGACGACGACGACCUCGCGGCCGGCACAUCCGACAAGGAACUCCGCGCGGAAGCCGAAGCCCUCGCGCUCCAAAAAGCCUCAAAGAUCGCGCGCAUCCUCACCGUCUUCAUGGCGAUCUCGCUCCUCGUGCUCUGGCCCAUGCCCAUGUACGGCUCCCGCUACGUCUUCUCCAAGCGCUUCUUCACCGGCUGGGUCGUCGUCGGCAUCAUCUGGAUCUGGCUCUCGGUCUUCCUCGUCGGCAUAUACCCGCUCUGGGAGGGCAAGGGCGCGAUGCUGCAUAUGGCGAAGGGCAUUUAUCGCGACAUCACGGGAAAACGCCGCGCGAGCGCGAUGAACCCGCAUGGCGAGUCGAAUGUUGUUGAGGGAAUCGAUACGUCGCCGUCGGCGGACGAGACCCAGUUCAGCGCGGGCGCAGAGUCAAAAGAGAAGCUGUAGUGUGUUAUUUCUACUUCAAUUUGUUUGUUUUUUAUAUCUUGACUUUCUUUAUCUUGUAAUCUUUCUUACUAAGUAAU